AUGGAAGCAAAUCAACAACCAGUUCAAGUGCAAAGGUUAAUAGACAAGGUUGGAAAUGAACUCUUUCGUUACAUUAAUUCUCCCUUGAACUUUAUUCUUGGGUGUAAGUUAUUUUAUCUUCUAUCGCUUGACUCACACUCUCGUGCAAAAUGGGUUAUAUAUAAAUAUGGAAGAGCCCAAGCGUUAUUUCAUGCUGUAAGGCUCGGACCAAACUUUAUAAAUGUUCAGGUCGUAAAGGUAAUAUUGGCAAAUGGCGGGAUACUAUCGAGAUAUUUCGUCCAGAGGUUAUUAAUGCACUUUGGUCGAUACGAUAAAAAACUUAUCGAAUUAAAGAUUGCACAUAAUGUCGGGCAAAUAGAUCCUGAUCGCAUUCGAAAUUUUAAAGAGAAGAUUAAAUCACCUUGGGCGA